GCUGAGUGUUUGAUCAACGUUAAUGUUAUCGUUUUUUCCCAAUCUGUUCGUGUCAGUUUAGUGCCAACAUGGCACCGGGUAACUGUCGUAGUUUUCUGAUAAAUAUCAGCGUUUUUCUUGCUCUUGUAUUCGUCGUUAUUCCAUCCGUUGGUUGCGCAUCUGCAGCUGAUCUGGAAUCACAUGAAGUUAGACGGGACCUUAAAGACAAUAUUAUACUGGAAGACAAUGGAACUCAAUGGUACAACUUAACAGAUUCAACUGCCGCCAGUAAUAGUUCUAGUAAUGUUGUUGUGGGGUUCAUCGGAGCAGCCGUUGCUAUCGUCUUCUUUGGCUCCAACCUUGUACCUGUAAAGAAGGCUGACACUGGAGAUGGGAUGUUUUAUCAGUGGGUAGACUGCGUAGCUAUCUGGCAUGUUGGACUCAUUGUAAACAUCGUCAGGGGUUGCCCUCAGUUUCAUCCACUCGCCAUGCUCGGAGGCUUCCUGUGGGCCACAGGGAAUGUGACAGUGGUCCCAAUCAUCAAGACUAUCGGACUCAGCCUCGGCAUUCUUAUAUGGGGCUCUCUCAAUCUUCUAACUGGUUGGGCAAGCGGACAUUUUGGACUUUUUGGUAUCAAAAAAGACGAACUUAGCAAUCCUGUCUUUAACUACAUUGGAGUGUCACUGGCAUUAGUAAGUGUUGUAUUGUUUCUCUUCGUGAAGUCAGAGGUUACCAGUGGAGACGCUUCGUCUAAAGAACCCCCUAAAGAUGCCACCAGUCGUACUCCUCUCCUUGAUGAACAACAGGAGAGCACCAAUAGUGAACCAGAUAUAAAAGUGAUACCAUCGGAAGAUGCCUCCUGGGUCGAUCGUCUGUCACCUACCCAGAAAAGAAUAGUGGGUAUAUCUUUAGCAAUAGUUGCUGGAAGUUUUUAUGGGUUUAACUUUGUACCGUGUAUUUGGAUCCAGGAUAAUGUAGCCAACGCCAGCCAAAACGGUUUGGACUACGUCUUCUCUCAUUUCUCUGGCAUCAUCCUGACAUCCAACGUGUAUUUCUUGCUUUACUGCAUCUUCAAGCGUAACCGUCCCCAAAUUGGUGUAGGGCUAGUUAUUCCUAGUAUCGUCUCAGGGGUGAUGUGGGGCAUUGCGCAGUCCGGUUGGUUUCUCGCUAACUUCAACCUUUCAGAGAGCGUCAGUUUUCCAAUUAUAACCACGGGUCCAGGCAUCAUUGCUUCACUUUGGGGUGUUAUUUACUUCCGUGAAAUUCAAGGCAGGAGAAAUCUUUUGGUGCUAUUUCUCGCUUUUGCCAUCACUAUUACCGGUGCAGUCUUCACAGCGUUUUCAAAGUAACAUCUACUGCCUUUUAUAGUUGUGUGAUUCCCUGUAUAAAUAUAGAGACUCGCGAAGAAAGCCGGUCCUGUAAUGCGCCAUAUUUUUUACCGCAUGAGGGCGCUCUCAAUAGUUUUUUUAACCACUUCCGGGAGUAUAUGAGAUUCGUCCUGCACAGUUAAUUAUCGUUUGUCACUUUUGUUGCGCCAUAGUUUUAAGUUGCUUUAU